CAAUAGUAUCACAGUAGCUUACACUUGCAUCAAAUCUCCUAAACUUGACAACAAACUGUGUUGUCAAGUUUAGGAGAGCUUUUUUUGAGGUGGUACCACAAGUAAAUGGUUGGUUGCCAGAUGGGUCAACGGCCACUUUUUUUCCCCCCCCUCCCAUUGGAGCGUGUUUUUCCUUGUUCUGAUAUCUCUGCCUAGCAACUCGCGCUUUCAGGAGAAAGUCUGGGCGCUCGGUUGCCAGGCGUAGGGCAUGUGUGCUUUGCGCGGCAGCUGAGCAAACAGCGGCGUGAUGGGGAGGUGGGGAUCUCUCCUGUGGGAUUAGAUAAGGGCUAAUUGGGGCUAACAAGGACUAGACACUCAUAUGUUCUCUUUGUUUUCUCCCUUCUUCCCCACAGUCAACCUGUUAGAUUCCAAAGCCAGCCAGGGGGAGUUGGGAUGGAUUUCCUACCCUUCACAUGGGUGGGAGGAGAUCAGUGGGGUGGAUGAGCAUUACACGCCCAUCCGGACUUUCCAGGUGUGCAACGUGAUGGAGUACAGUCAGAACAACUGGCUCCGCACCAACUGGAUCCCCCGUCAGUCGGCCCAGAAGAUCUACGUGGAGCUGAAAUUCACUCUGAGGGACUGCAACUCCAUCCCCUUGGUCCUGGGCACGUGCAAGGAGACCUUCAACCUUCUUUACCAGGAGACCGACGACGACCAAGGCACUCACUUCCGGGAACACCUGUUCACCAAGAUCGACACCAUCGCCGCGGACGAGAGUUUCACCCAGAUGGACCUGGGCGACCGCAUCCUGAAACUGAACACCGAGGUGCGCGAGGUGGGCCCCAUGACCAAGAAGGGCUUCUACCUGGCUUUCCAGGACGUAGGCGCCUGCGUAGCUUUAGUCUCGGUGAGGGUUUACUUCAAAAAGUGCCCGAACACGGUGAAGAACCUCGCCUCCUUUCCUGACACCGUGCCCGUGGACUCUCAGUCGUUGGUGGAAGUCAAAGGUUCCUGUGUCAAUCACUCCAAGGAGGAGGAGCCGCCGCGGAUGUACUGCAGCACGGACGGGGAGUGGCUGGUGCCGAUUGGAAAGUGCCUGUGCAACCCGGGCUAUGAAGAACGAAGCAACACCUGUCAAAUGUGCAGGGCGGGCUUCUACAAAUCCACAGUAGGAAACGCGGAGUGUUCCAAGUGUCCGCCUCACAGCUACGCUCACCACGAGGGAUCCUUGCAUUGCGGCUGUGAGAAGAACUACUUCCGAGCCGAGGGGGACCCGGCCGCCAUGGCCUGCACUCGUCCUCCCUCGGCCCCUCGGAACGUCAUCUCCUCCAUCAACGAGACCUCGGUCAUCCUGGACUGGAGCUGGCCGGAGGACACGGGCGGCCGCAGGGACCUCACCUUCACCGUCCUCUGCAAGCGAUGCCGCGCCGGCACGGCGGACGCCGGCGGGGGCGGCACCGGUCCGCGCUGCGAGCCCUGCAGGGGCAACGUGCGCUUCCUGCCGAGGGCGGCGGGCCUGCAGAACACCACCGUGACGGUGGCGGACCUCCUGGCUCACACCAACUACACCUUCGAGAUCGAGGCGCAGAACGGCGUCUCGCCGCUGGCGCCCAAGAUGAGGCAGUACGCCGCCGUCACCAUCACCACCAAUCAGGCUGGUAAGAGAUGGUCACAACUCUCUAAUAAUAUAUGUACUGAAAAUCCCACACUAUAGGCCGAUUUUUU